CUGAGUCCUAAUUCUAAACUGGUCUAGAUUCGCUUUAUUCUUCUUCAAAACAGGCAAGGUAAAACCAGGCUCUCCAGAUGGUACGUUCCCUACGAGAGUGACAAUCAAAAGAGGAAAAUUGAAAAGGAAGUUCACAGAAUGAUUGUGAGCAGAGACAAGAAGCAGACCAAUUUCUUAGAAUUUAGAAACCACAAAAUUGUAUACAGAAGAUAUGCCUCCCUCUACUUCACACUUUGUAUUGACGAGAUGGACAGUGAGCUUGCGAUGCUGGAAUUCAUCCAUCUCUUCGUUGAGGUUUUGGAUCAGUAUUUUGGAAAUGUGUGCGAACUUGAUCUCGUUUUCAACUUCUACAAGGUGUAUCAAAUUCUUGAUGAGAUGAUCAUUGGAGGAGAGUGCAUGGAAACUUCGAAAAGGGUCAUAUUGGAAGCACUCAGAAAUGCAGAUUAUUACUAGUCAGAACACUUUUCAAUGUUUGUA